AUGAAGCAUAAGAGAACGGGCCUUGGAAUGACAGUCCCUUGCUUCUUGUGGAAAAUGUUUUCUCAAGAAACAGACAUAGAUGACAAAUCUGCAAGAUUUGUGGUUGACCACUAUUGUAUCUCCAGUGAGAGUUUCAACCGAAAUUCUAGUUCUGUGCUUGGUCGUCGAGCUAUAUCGCAUAAAUAUCAACUGUCAGAUUACGGUCAGUCUGUUGAAGACCACAAGCAAUAUUCUGUCUUCCAAGAUUCAUUGCAAACCAGUUUGAAUUCUGUGAAAUGCCAUACGAAUGGAUCUCAUCCAAAUUCUUCCUCAGACAAGUCAUUUGGUUUUUUCUCGGUACUUAAUUCAAAACCAUUUCCUCGGAGUAUGCAUCACAUUGAUAGAGUUGCAAAGAAAAGAACUGAAAAAAGCUUAGAACGUUUUUGGAUGACAGGUGCAGACGAGAGCUCUAUAUUAGAAACUGAGAGGAAAUUAUAUUUAAUAAAUAGGUCACCUCAAAAACUGCGGAAUCACAUUUCAGUAUCAUCAAUAGGGAAUCUAAAAUUACAUACUUUGAAGAAGAGGGCUAUCCAUCAAUUUAUCUUUCCAGGCACUUUAUGCAAAGAAUUUGACAAGUGUGAAGCAGAGAGCAGAUAUUUUCCCCCCUUGCGUGAACUACCGAAUUUGUCGCAGUUCGAAAAUAAUCGUGCAGACAUUGGUAUAAAUGAAAACAAAAACUCUGAUAGAGAAUCUAUGAAUUCCGCUACUUCAAAUAAAGAAUCAACCAAAAGAAUGCAAUUAAAACAUUUAAAAUUUUACUCUAAAUACAAAUUCUUAGAUUCAAGUAAUCUUCAACAACAAAAUAAUGAUACUUUAUCUAAAAGUAAUAAUACGCCGACAAAGAUUUCAAACUCAUUUUAUUUGAAUGUUCAUUCUAAUGUCGCAAAUUGGGUUUUAGAAAAGGAACAUGAUGGUCCAAAAUCAUCACCUAAAAGAAAUCAUAUGUUUAAAACAGAAGAAUCUAUCACAGCAGCACUAAAAAGAAGAAAACGAAUUUCUAGGCCAACUUAUUUGAACAAUACGGAAAGCACAGCAAAAGCAAACAUGAAAAACGGAAAUCUUCAUUCCUUUCGAUACUUAAACAACAAAACUGAAGAUCUUGAUGCAAUAUUAGAAGAGAAUAUACCCACUUUAAACACAAAUUCAAAUAUAUCUUCAGGUAAUCUGUUUGAAUCAGCAAAAUCCACACUUGGUAAUAUUCAAGAGCAAUUUGUGGAACUUGUUAAACAAAAUGGAGAGGAAGAGAAAAAGAAUUUAUACAAGCCUCAAUUUGAAUUAGGAAUAGAAAAUGUUUUAAAUAUUUCUAAAAAUGAAAUUGCUGAGGGGUUUGAAACAACCCCAAGAUAUCCAGCUCAAAAUAUUACAACAAGAACAGAUUGGAAUCAGAAUUUUUCAAAUGUUGAUGCAAGUGCAUCAUUGAAGCCUAAGUAUGAUAACUCAGAUUACGUAAUUGAAACCACUGCUGAGAAUGACUCGUUGCAAAACGCUAAUCAAAAGGUACAAACAAAUAUUGGUAGGAAUGAAAGCGCAUAUUUUUAUAGAAACAGAAAGUUAGUUGAAAGUAGUCAUUUGAAUAAAUCUGAGAAUGCUUUAGGUACUCCUUCAGGCACCGGUCUAAAGAAUGAACAAACCACAUUUGAAGUCACGGAGAGUACUCAAAGCUUUCUUGAUAACAAAAUAGAGAAACCUGUUUAUUCUUCGCAUUCAGAAAACGUUGAUUCGAAUAAUUUUUCACAGUCCAUUUUAAGUUCUAAUAAUAGUAGGAAAAAAUAUUACAGAAAUACUCCUUCAUACAUAUCAUCUACAGCAGCUGGUCUGUUUCAAAAUACUGCAUCUAAUGAUGGCAAAAACGCACUGCUUUCGAAAAUAACACUACAUCCUUUGUCGCGAAAUCUUGACGAAGAAAUAAAUGAAAACUUUAAAACUUUCUUUAAUUCAUCGAACUUCAAUUUUAGUACUCCGGAUGACAGUACAUUAUUACGUGAUUCUGGAAUAGAAAAUGAAAUUCCUAAAACAAGAACAAGCUUCAGCCCAAAAACUUCUAUUGUAAGCAUAUACGCAGGAAAUUAUUCAGACAGCCCAUUAUCAUUUGAUGAUGGAAAUUUUAUAGAUCUAAUGGAAGAAACUGUUACGCAGACUUUAAGUACACAAAGCAUUUCUCUUCCUUUGAAUUAUGAUCUAAACCAACCAAACGUAAGUUCAGUAAAAUUUGAAGACGAAAUUCUUGAAACACAAUCAGAAGCUAAUGUAAUAAAAAACUUUUCUCUUGAUAAUAUCUCUAAAAUAAGUGAUACUACUCUCAGUUUUGAAAACAAAUUUACUAAUUCUUUAAAUAUUCCAACUUUUAAAUUCCAGAAUAAGACAAUUUGGGACAGUGAAGAAGAAAUUAGUGAUAAUAUUGUAACUGAAAAACCACUUACUAAUGCACUAAGAGUUUUGUACGAAGAAACAGAAAAAAAAUCAUCAAUCGAUUUUGAUAUUCCUUAUAGCAGUUCAAAAACUUUAAGUAAACUAUACACAGAGCCUGUAAAAACUAUACAGUCAAUGUCUUCUGUGACUAGAUCAGCAGGGCCUACCAAUCAUUCAGCAGGUGGACAAAACAUCAAAUCUCCAGAAAGCAUUUCAGUGGCAACAACUGAAAAUAAAACUGCUGAUUCUGUAUCUUCAGUUUCGAUUCCAACAGCACUCACAGCAGACAUCGCAAAUAAUCUAGCUCCAUCAAUUCGUUCAGAUGAUAAUAGACAAAAACGUUUUCCCCCUCAAACGUUCUUUGACAAUAUAAAUAAUACCGAUGUCUUUGAGGAAACUUUUAUGCGUUCUGUCAGUCCUUUGCCCCAAGCUACGAUAACUCAUGAUGGUGCAAAGGAAAUGGAUGAUAACUUGGUUGUUGAGAAAAGAGCUACUAAUGAGAAUGCAUUCUAUGAAGAAACAGAAAGACAAUCACCUAUUAACUCGAUUGUUACCCGUGAUAGCUCAAAGUCUCUAAAUGAUAACAGCGUAGAAUAUUUACCAACUAUUCAGCUAACGUCUUCCGAAAAUCCUUUAACCGUCGCUUCAGUUCAAUCAGCUGAGCAUUCCUACCAUAUAAUUUCUGAACAAGACAAUAAAAUUUCGGAAAGCAUUCCAGUUAGAGCAGCUUCAAAUAAAACUCUUGGUUCUAUAUCUUCAAUUUCCACUCCAAAACCACUCACAAAGGAUAUCGAAAAUAAGCCACAUCCAUCAAUAAGUUUAGAUGUCAGUGCAAUAAAGAGCUUUCCAUUUGAUAUGCCUCAUAAAAUUAAUAGCACUGAGGAAUUAGAACAAGAUUUUGGAAGUUCUGUCUAUCCUAUAACUUUUGAAUCGGAAGAUGAAUUAAUUCAUGACAAAACGAUGGAAGCUAGUGAUAAUGUAGUAAUUGAGAAACGAGCUACUAAUGAACAUGUUUUUUACGAAGAAACCGAAGAGAUGUCACCUUUUAAUUCUGGAAUUUCUUAUGACAGUUCAAAAACCAUGAGUAAUGGCUACAUAAAUUCUUUGCCAUCAGUUCAGCCCAUAUCUACUGUAAAUUCUUUACCUCUGACCUCAAUUAGAUCAGCUGAGCCUACCUAUCAUUUAGUUUAUGAAGAAAAGACUAAAGCACCAGUAGAAACUUCAAUGCAUACAAUUAAAAAUAAAAGUUCUGAUUCUAUACCUCUAAUAUCGCUUCCAGUAACAAUAUCAGCUAAUGUCGAAAAUGAGACAGUACGAUCAACAUGGGAUUAUACAGAAAUGGAAAGUGAAAGAAAUGUGUUUUUGUCGUCUAAUUUGACAUCGUUUUCUUUUCCAUUUCAAAGUAAUUCCCAGACGAAAUCUUUCGUAGACGAAUACGACGAAUACACUGGAAUGAAAACGGAAAUAUCAAGAAAAGAAGAGAUUGCCUCCAUUACCACAAGAAGUAGCUCCUCUGUUACUGAAACAUCAGUUAGUGAUUCUGAAUAUUUAAAUUUAUCACCUACAGAGGAAGAAACUUCUGCUUCCCCAAAUGUACCAGAAAAUUCAUUGAAAAGUAAUAAUCAUUCAGAAACUUCAACAAAUACAUAUGCCAUAAUAGAGAAGGUUGUUACGUUAUCAGAGAGCCAUACUUCAAAAACGGCAGCUGAUAUUUCUACUGAAGUAAGUGAGGAAACUGAAAUUCAGGAAUCAGAAUCAAGAAAUCGGAGAGUAACUAUGGAAGAUAAAAAUGCAGUAACACAGCAGCAAACAUCCUCUACAAGCAAUGAAAGGUAUAGCUCUUCUGAUUUAUCUGCCAAUAAUGGUCAAUCGCUUUCAACGAGAAAAGGAUACAUUGUGACAGAACUUCACGUUUGGGAAGCCGUAAGGCCUAAAAGCACUGAUGUGCCUAAUUCAGCAGUCUCGACGAGUACAGAUUACCAAGUAAAUUCUUCAAAUGAUAGCGAUAAAGAUAUUGAAACCAAUAGUGUAUCGACGGAUUUACACGAUUCUACACAUGCAGUUACUGUGACUUCCAAAAUUUCUUCGAGCACUUAUAACCAAACAGAACCAUUAGAUACUCGUACUGAAAUUCAAACUAAAGGAAACGUUAUUACAGAAAAUGAUGUAGUUGUUACUACAUAUUCAACGCCUUUCUCACAAAUAACAACAGUUCAUAUGGCAAAAACUACAAAUAAUCAGUUUCCUGAAUUAGGAACAAAGAACCAAUAG